CUCCCUCUGUGUGGCAGCGCCCGGCGGCAGGGCCGCUCGCUCCCUGGUUACCGACCAGGUUGGCGGCCUCUCCAAGUCUCCGCCCAUGCGCAUUCGGGGGAGAAGUUAGGGAAGCUUUGUCACAGGGUACGCCCGAUGGGCCGAGUGUUUCCAGCAAAGAUCUUUGGUUUCCAGCACCUUCUGGCUGAGUCAACAACAGGAACAGCAGUAGGCCACUCAGCCCAUCGAAACGGGUCUGCAGCGCAGCUUCACAACUUUUCUCUCUCGGCCUUGUCCUCUAAUUAAUUGCUCUCACUCCUGAAAUAUGAAGUGGGUAAAAUCCUAAAUCUCAAGAUGAAGACUUUGUCUUUUCAUCACAUUUCCAGUACUUUGUGAUAUGCAGAUUGAGCCCUUUUAUUCAGGAAAUUGAAGAAUGGGAUCCAAUGGACUGUCAUCUGUGACUAAUCUAAGAACGGCUCUUAAAUAUGGAACCAUCUUCUUAACUGUGAUUCUAGGUGGAAUGAUUAUUUACCACACUUAUUCCAUACCUGAGUUUCUAAUCACUUCACAAUAUAGUUACGUAGAAAUUAUUAAACAAAAGUUAUUGUGGCAAUCUUCAAAUUACAAGCAUGGAACAGAAGCCUCAGAAAAAACUACCAAGCUGCCAUUCAGUAAGGGUUAUUACAAUCACUCAUCAUGUGAUAUUGAUUUCAAUAGAAGGUUUGACUGUGCUUUUAAUGAACAGAUUGACGUGGAGAAAUGCCAAGCUCGUGGCUGCUGCUGGAUUCCAGUGGUCAAUGCUGUCAAUAUGACUGCCCCUCUUUGUUUCAUGCCAUCAAAUUAUCCUACAUACAACAUGGACAGCCUUUCUCCAACCAAGACAGGCUUUACAGCCACAAUAAGCCGAAGCAAGAAUACUUUUUUCCCAAAUAACAUAAGGGUACUUCAGUUGGAUGUAAUGUACGAGGCAGCAGGCAGACUUCAUUUCACGCUUAGGGAUCCAAUGAACAAACGAUAUGAGGUUCCCAUUGAUGUUCCGAAAGUAAAUGAGAAAGCUACAACACAGCUCUACACUGUCACAUUUUCAUCCAAACCUUUUGGCAUGAUUAUACAAAGGAAAUCAAAUGGUCUUGUACUCUUGAACACCACAGUGGCUCCAUUAUUUUAUGCUGACCAGUUUCUGCAGAUCUCAACCUCUCUCGCUACGAGGCACAUUUCGGGGCUGGGCGAGCACAUGACAAAUCUGAUCCUCAAUGUCAACUGGACUCGAUUAACUUUUUGGAAUCGGGAUCAUGGCCCUAGUCCAAAUUCCAACUUGUAUGGCUCACACCCUUUCUACAUGGUGAUGGAAGACGAUGGGUCAGCUCAUGGAGUUUUCCUGUUAAACAGUAAUGCCAAGGAUGUUUUGCUCCAGCCAACCCCUGCACUAACCUGGAGGACCAUUGGGGGCAUCCUUGAUUUUUAUGUGUUCUUGGGUCCAGAACCUAAAACAGUGAUCAGACAAUAUAUGGAUGUGAUUGGUUAUCCAAUAAUGCCACCUUACUGGAGUCUAGGAUUCCAUCUAUGCCGGUGGGGUUACUGGAGCACCAACAUCACCCGACAGGUCGUGGAGAACAUGACUCGAGCUUACAUGCCUCAGGACGUACAGUGGAACGACCUAGAUUAUAUGGACAAGAAAAAAGACUUCACCUAUAACAUGCAAUACUUUGGAGACUAUGCACAGAUGGUGAAAGAGUUUCACCAAAAGGGAUUGAAAUAUGUCAUGAUUGUGGAUCCUGGCAUCAGCAGUGCAGAGACACCAGGGAACUAUAAACCAUAUGACGAUGGUGUCAAGAGAGGUGUCUUUAUUAAGAAUGAAACGGGCCAACCAUUAAUAGGACAGGUCUGGCCAGGUCCAACAGCCUUCCCAGAUUUUACAAACCCAGAAACCCAGGCCUGGUGGUAUGAGAAUGUUAAGGAGUUUCAUGCUCAAGUGCCAUUUGAUGGAAUGUGGAUUGACAUGAAUGAACCAACCAACUUUGUGGAUGGAGCAAUAGGUGGCUGUCCAGACAACAAUUUAGAAAAUCCUCCUUAUGUACCAGAUGUGACCGGAGGAUAUCUGAAAUCUCGUACACUGUGUGCAUCUGGAAAACAGCAUCUCUCAACACAUUAUAACCUGCACAAUCUGUAUGGGUUAACUGAGGCCAUUGCUACCCAUGAUGCUUUGAUCAAAGUGAGAGGAAAACGGCCUUUUAUUAUUUCACGGUCCAGUUUUCCCAGUCAUGGUCAUUAUGCAGGACAUUGGACUGGAGACAUCUCGAGCACCUGGAAUGACAUGUAUUACACCAUCCCAGCAAUAAUGCUGUUUAACAUGUAUGGAGUUCCACUGGUGGGAGCAGAUGUCUGUGGUUUUCGUGGGGCAACCAAUGAAGAACUUUGUAUACGCUGGACACAACUUGGAUCUUUCUACCCAUUCAUGCGGAAUCAUAAUGACUGGAAACAGCCGUCUCAGGAACCAUAUGUCUUCAGUGAGUCGGCACAAUCAGCAAUGCGGGAAGCUCUUUUCACUAGAUACAUGUUGCUACCUUUUCUUUAUACACUUUUUCAUAAAGCGCAUUCUACUGGAGCGAUGGUUGUUCGACCACUAUCAUUUGAAUUCCCUCAAGAUCAAAAUACGAUAAGAAUUGAUCGUCAGUUCAUGUGGGGGAAUGCACUUCUCAUCACUCCAGUACUUACACCGAAAACAGUGCAGGUGUCUGGCUAUUUUCCCCCAACUACAUGGUACAGUCUAUAUGAUGGUUCUGCAAUUCAUAGCAAGGGUCAGUAUAUUAUACUCCAGGCACCAUUGGAUACAAUAAAUGUUCAUUUGCGAGGAGGCUGUAUUUUACCCAUUCAGGCGCCCAGCACUUCAACGGCUGUCUCUCGUGGAAACCCAUUUGGUCUGAUAGUGGCACUGUCUGACCAAGGAAUUGCAAGAGGAGAACUCUUCUGGGAUGAUGGUGACAGUCAGCUGACGUAUGAAAAUGGUGACUAUUGUGAAAUUAUUUUCCUGGCAAAGGAGAAUGUGCUGUUCAGUGAGAUAAUUCAUCUGGACAACCAGAUUGAUGGCCUGAAACUAAAUGAUAUCUUUGUGUUCGGAGUUCCAUCUGCCCCAAAUAAAGUUUUGGUGAAUGAAAUGUGGAUCACAGACUUCUUUUACCGAAUAGACACAAAGGUGCUGACUUUACAGAAUCUCGCUAUUCCAUUAGGAGAGCAAUUCAUAAUUGCUUGGUUCUGAA